AUGAGCUACGAAACCACGGUGGGAUUCCUCAAAGACGCCGUUCUUGAUGGCGACUGGGACAGCCUGGAGACACCGUCGAGCAGGCUGGUGGUAGGAAAGCUCGGGGGGCUGGGGACGGGCUCGUUCGACGUGCUCACGCAAGUACCGACAGAGCAUCACCGGGCCAUGGGGCUUUAG